AGUCCGGUCGGCUCCCGGGAGGAGGCGGGCCGAGGCACACGCAGGGCGGACAGGCAGAGCUGGAGCGGCGAGCCCCCGGUCCCCAACUCUUUACCCUCUUCCCCGUUUCGCCUAGCGUAUCUCCUGAACCCGGAACCUGGGGCGCGCGGAACCACCUUGGUGUAGCGCGAGCGCCGCAGACCCGGAGGACGAUGGAGGGGACGCGCGGGCCCGGGGCCGACUCUCCUGAAGAGGAGGAGACGGGGUCGGCCAUGGCGGCUAUGGUGAUGGCUGCUGGUGGCGCGGGCCCAGCUGUCCUGCAGGUGGCCGGGCUCUACCGAGGCCUGUGCACGGUGCGGAGCCGCGCCCUGAGCCUUGGGUUCGUUUCACCCGCCCAGCUGCGCGCUUUCCCUAUGCGCCUCGGCUCAGGCCGGCCUUCUGGGGGCGCGGAGGGCAGUGGGGUCGGGGCCGAGCUCGAGGCCAACCCCUUCUACGACCGCUACCGAGACAAGAUUCAGCAGCUGCGCAGGUCUGACCCAGCUGCUUUUGAGUCUCGCUUAGAGAAGCGCAGUGAGUUUCGAAAGCAGCCAGUGGGGCACUCUCGACAAGGUGAUUUUAUCAAGUGUAUGGAGAAGACAGAUACCUUGGGGAAACAGUCUAUAAGCAGAGGAUUCACUAAGGACAAGACUCUCAGUUCAAUCUUAAACAUUGAGAUGGUGAAAGACAAAACUGCAGAAGAAAUAAAACAGAUUUGGCAGCAGUAUUUUGCAGCAAAAGAUACAGUCUAUGCAGUUAUUCCUAAAGAGAAGUUUGAUUUGAUCUGGAACCGGGCGCAGUCCUGUCCAACAUUUCUGUGUGCACUACCAAGAAGGGAAGGUUAUGAGUUCUUUGUAGGACAAUGGACAGGUACUGAACUCCACUUCACUGCACUUAUAAAUAUUCAGACCCGGGGGGACACUGCAGCCAGCCAACUGAUUUUAUAUCACUACCCUGAACUUAAGGAAGAAAAGGGCCUAGUACUGAUGACAGCAGAAAUGGAUUCCACUUUUCUGAAUGUUGCUGAGGCACAGUGCAUUGCCAACCAAGUCCAGCUCUUCUAUGGCACUGAUCGGAAAGAGACCUAUGGUUUAGUGGAGACCUUUAACCUCAGACCAAAUGAAUUCAAAUAUAUGUCUGUCAUCGCUGAAUUGGAGCAAAGUGGACUUGGAGCAGAACUGAAAUGUACCCAGAACCAGGAUAAGACUUAGAGUUGUAAAUUUUGACCCUUCAUAGAGCAGCUCAGCCCUGGAUAAUCUAGAGCCCACCCACCCCCUUGAAUUUAAGAGUUCAGCGCCUAAUAAGGAGUCUAUCUUGAGUUGCUCUAUGUGCUUAUUGCAAAAUGAGAUUGUGGAGAUGAGCCCUAAUACUUGAUAUUCAGGAACAGAGGUACCCAAAUGUUCUGAUAAUUACCUCAGCACACUUGAGGUUUCCUUUUUAAGUAUUUCUGGUCAUAAAAAGAGACAGCCAGGAAGCUGCAGAAUGGUUGACUUGAUUUUACAUAGUAUAACAGUGCAGUUGCUCAUUUUUCCCAGUUAUGCAUCUUUGUGAACUUGUGCCAUGAUGAUAAACUUGAAGAUAUGUAGUUAGAUAUGGGCUUUAUAUACUUUUCCCAUGUGCCAGUCAGCUGGCCAAAAGCACAACCCAAAUAUCCUGUUAGGCUCUAAUAUAUGUUGUUAUAUAUUCCCAUCUAGAUGCACCCCUCCCCCCAGAGUUUGCUUUAGUAUAGCUGGUUUGGGGUAUCAGCAGAUUUCAGGUACAACUGGAUAAACAGAUAUAGUGCCUGUACAUUGUUAAACCACAAUUUGUGGUACCUAUGCCUCUAACUCUUCCUAUUAGAAGCUAUGCAUUUGAAAGGGGUGAAUCAGUGCAGUGUAAAUAAAACACUUUUUUAAGGAGGAGAUCAUUCCAGAUUUGCAUGAUUUUUUUAACAACUAAGUAUUACAUGAAAAAAUGGUUAAACACACAUGUUCCCAGAUUGUGAGAAAUUGUAGCAAUAAUAAAAUCUGGUUCACAGUCUGUUAUACAAAAU